GGAGGGGCCGCGCGCCGGGACCGCCGCCCCCGGCCCGGCCCCGGCGGUCCCCCCGCCGCGCGCCCUCGGGCCGACUUCCGCCCGCGCAGCUUCCCCUCCCGGGUUUCGGGAAGUCCCCUCCCUUCCCCUCCGCGGCGCCCCACGCCUCCAGUCCUCCGCUGCAGCCACCCACCGAGCUGCGCCCCAGCUCUGCGCCCUGGGGCUCGGGGACCCCCGGGGCCCCCACUCUCGGGUUGGGCCAUGGCGGCAGAUGCAGUGAGUGAGGGGGGGGCCAUGGCGGAGGAGCGGCCCCCCCGGCUGGUGGAUUACUUCGUGAUAGCCGGGCUUUCCGGGAGCGGAGCACCCAUCCCCGAGGAGCCGUGGGUUCCCGAGCCCAGCGGGCCCCUGCGCCCUCCGCGGCCGGCUGAUCCCAUCACGGAUGUGGCGGUCAUUGCCAGGGCCCUGGGCGAGGAGGUGCCCCAGGGUUACACCUGCAUCCAGACCUCUGCUGGGGGCCACCCCUUGGAACUCAGCGCUGGGCUCCUGGGUGGAACUCAGCCCGUCAUCUGUUACCGCAGGGGCCGUGACAAGCCCCCUCUGGUGGAGCUGGGGGUGCUGUACGAGGGGAAGGAGCGACCCAAGCCCGGCUUCCAAGUGCUAGACACGACGCCCUACAGCCACUCGGCCAAUCUAGCCCCUCCCGGCCCAGGGCACCCCCGCACCUACCUCACUUACCGGCGGGCAGCAGAGGGGGCAGGGCUGCACGCCCUGGGCAUCACUGACCUCUGCCUGGUGCUGCCCAGCAAGGGCGAGGGCACCCCUCACACCUACUGCCGACUGCCCCGCAACCUCAACCCUGGCAUGUGGGGUCCAGCGGUGCACCUGUGCUACAAGGUGGGCCUGGCCAAGGCCAACACGCUGGUGUACGAGGCAGAGCUGCUGGGCCGCUACCCGGAGGAGGACAACGAGGCCUUCCCGCUGCCCGAGUCGGUGCCCGUCUUCUGCCUGCCCAUGGGGGCCACUGUCGAGUGCUGGCCUGCCCAGACCAAGUACCCCGUGCCCGUCUUUUCCACCUUCGUGCUCACGGGUGCAGCUGGAGACAAGGUGUACGGGGCUGCCCUGCAGUUCUACGAGGCGUUCCCGAGGGCCAGGCUGUCGGAGCGGCAAGCACGGGCCCUGGGCCUCUUGAGUGCGGUGGAGCGUGGCCGGGCGCUGGGGGGCCGGGCCGUGCGCAGCCGCCGCGCCAUUGCUGUGCUGUCCCGCUGGCCUGCCUUCCCGGCCUUCCGAGCCUUCCUCACCUUCCUCUACCGCUACUCUGUCUCGGGCCCCCACCGCCUGCCCUUGGAAGCGCACAUCUCUCACUUCAUUCACAACGUCCCCUUCCCCUCCCCACAGAGGCCUCGCAUCCUGGUACAGAUGUCUCCCUAUGACAACCUGCUUCUCUGCCAGCCUGUGUCCUCACCCCUGCCCCUCAGUGGUGCCAGCUUCUUGCAGCUGCUGCAGAGCCUAGGCCCGGAGCUGGCCGUCACCCUGCUGCUGGCCGUGCUCACGGAGCACAAGCUGCUGGUGCACUCGCUGCGGCCGGACCUGCUCACCAGCGUCUGCGAGGCCCUGGUGUCGAUGAUCUUCCCGCUACACUGGCAGUGCCCCUACAUUCCGCUGUGCCCGCUGGCGCUGGCGGACGUGCUGAACGCCCCCGUGCCCUUCAUCGUGGGCAUCCACUCCAGCUACUUCGAUCUACACGACCCACCUGCCGACGUCAUCUGUGUGGAUCUCGACACCAACACGCUGUUCCAGACUGAGGAGAAGAAGCCCCUCUCCCCUCGGACCCUGCCCCGCAGACCCUACAAGGUUCUGCUGGCUACGCUGACACACCUCUACCAGCAGCUGGACCAGACGUACACUGGCCCCGAGGAAGAGGCGUCCUUGGAGUUCCUGCUGACGGACUACGAGGCCGUGUGCGGCCGCCGGGCCCGGCUGGAGCGCGAAGUCCAGGGGGCCUUUCUCCGCUUCAUGGCGUGUCUGCUCAAGGGCUACCGGGACUUCCUGCGCCCCCUCACCCAGGCCCCCUCCGAGGGCGCUCGAGAUGUCGACAACCUCUUCUUUUUGCAGGGCUUCCUCAAGUCCCGGGAGCGCUCCAGCCACAAGCUGUACUGCCAGCUGCUGCGCACACAGAUGUUCUCGCAGUUCAUCGAGGAGUGCUCCUUCGGCUCCGCCCGGCACGCCGCCCUGGAGUUCUUUGACUCGUGCGUGGACAAGGUGCACCCAGAGCAGGACAAGCCUGAGCCGACGCCCUUGGUGGAGCUGGAGGAGCUGUCGGGGAGCGAGCUCACCGUCUUUAUCACCCCUCCCGAGGAGCCCCCAGCACCAGAGGGCAGUGAAUCCGCCCCCCAGUACUGCUACGACGGCUUCCCAGAGCUACGGGCCGAGCUGUUUGAGUCUCCUCAGGAGCAGCCCGGGGCUCUGCCCGUGCCGGGCCCGACCCGCAGUGCCCCCAACAGCCCUGCCCCCCGCCGUACCAAACAGGAGAUGAAGGUGGCCCAGCGGAUGGCACAGAAGUCGGCGGCCGUGCCCGAGCUGUGGGCCCGGUGUCUGCUGGGGCACUGCUACGGGCUGUGGUUCCUGUGUCUGCCCGCCUACGUGCGGUCGGCGCCCUCCCGUGUGCAGGCUCUGCACACGGCCUACCACGUGCUGCGCCAGAUGGAGAGCCGCAAGGUGGUGCUGCCGGACGAGGUGUGUUACAGGGUGCUGAUGCAGCUGUGCUCCCACUACGGGCAGCCCGUGCUGUCGGUGCGAGUCAUGCUGGAGAUGCGGAGGGCCGGCGUCGUGCCCAACACCAUCACCUACGGCUACUACAACAAGGCUGUGCUGGAAAGCAAGUGGCUGUCUGGUACGCCGGGCGGACGCCUGCGCUGGGCCAAGCUCCGGAACGUUGUCCUGGGGGCCGCUCAGUUCCGCCAGCCCCUGAGGGAACGGCGGCGGCGGCAGCAGCAGCAGCAGGCGGCAGCGCCAGAGGCAGGCGGUGCCCAGACAGAGCCUCGUCUGGAGCGUCACUCCCCUACCCGCCCGCUUCAGCGCCAGACCACUUGGGCUGGUCGAAGCUUUCGGGACCCAGCUUCACCCACAGGGCGCCUGGUGAAAAGCGGCAGCCUGGGCAGUGCCCGCGGGGCCCAGCCCACCGUGGAGGCCGGCGUGGCCCACAUGAUCGAGGCCUUGGGAGUCCUGGAGCCCCGGGGGUCCCCUGUGCCCUGGCGAGACGGAAGCCUCUCCGACCUGAGCUUGACCGGGGAGGAGCCGGCGUCUGGGGGCAGCCCGGAGGACUCAGGCUCUGCCCUGAGCACCCAGUCCACUGAGGCCCCGGAAGGGCUGAGUGGGCGGACGCCCAAGGCUGGUGGGCGUCAGGACGAGGCCCGCACCCCCAGACGAGGGCUGGGCACCCGCCUGCAACAGCUGCUCACCCCUUCCCGCCGCCCCCCUGCCUCGCGCGCCCCCCCGCCCGAGCUGCCCCCUGACCCACCUCCCCCAGCCCGCCGCAGCCCCAUGGACAGCCUCCUGCGCCCCCGCGAGCGCCCUGGAUCCACCGCCUCUGAGAGCUCAGCCUCUCUGGGCAGCGAGUGGGACCUCUCCGAGUCUUCUCUCAGUAGCCUGAGCCUUCGCCGGUCCUCAGAGCGCCUCAGUGACACCCCCGGGUCCUCGCAGCCGCCCUCCCUGGAAAUCCUGCUGUCCAGCUGCUCCCUGUGCCGGGCCUGUGACUCGCUGGUGUACGACGAGGAGAUCAUGGCUGGCUGGGCACCUGAUGACUCCAACCUCAACACCGUCUGCCCUUUCUGCGCCUGCCCCUUCGUGCCCCUGCUCAGCGUCCAGACCCUGGAUUCCAGACCCAGGGCCCCCAGCCCCAAGCCUGCCCCUGCCAGUGGCAGCAGAGACGCUCCUGUCCCCGGGGGCCCAGGCCCUGUGCUCAGUGACCGCAGGCUGUGCCUCGCCCUGGAUGAGCCCCAGCUCUGCAAUGGGCACACGGGGGGCACCUCCCGGCGGGUGGAGGCUGGGGCCUGGGCGUAUCUGAGCCCUCUGGUGCUGCGGAAGGAGCUGGAGUCGCUGGUGGAGAACGAGGGCAGUGAGGUGCUGGCAUUGCCUGAGCUGCCGGCUGCCCACCCCAUCAUCUUCUGGAACCUUCUGUGGUAUUUCCAGCGGCUGCGGCUGCCCAGUAUUCUGCCCUGCCUGGUGCUGGCCUCCUGUGAUGGGCCCCCACCCCCCCAGGCCCCGUCUCCCUGGCUGACACCUGACCCGGCGUCUGUGCAGGUGCGGCUGCUGUGGGAUGUCCUGACCCCUGACCCCAGUAGCUGCCCACCUCUCUAUGUGCUCUGGAGGGUCCACAGCCAGAUCCCGCAGCGGGUGGUAUGGCCAGGCCCCGUGCCCGCACCCCUUAGCAUGGACCUUCUAGAGUCGGUGUUGCGCUAUGUUGGCCUCAGCGAAGUACACAAAGCCGUGGGGCUCCUGCUGGAAACUCUGGGGCCGCCUCCCACAGGCCUGCAUCUGCAGAGGGGCAUCUACCGUGAGAUCUUAUUCCUGACAAUGGCCGCUCUGGGCAAGGACCACAUGGACAUAGUGACCUUCGACAAGAGGUACAAGUCUGCCUUUAACAAGUUGGCCAGCAGCAUGGGCAAGGAGGAGCUGAGGCAGCGGCGGGCACAGAUGCCCACUGCGAAGGCCAUCGAUUGCCGGAAAUGUUUCGGAGCACUUCUGGAAUGCUAGGGACCCUUAAGCUUUCAUCUCCCACCUGGGGUGGGGAGGUGAGGGAGAAAGGGUUCCAGAGAUAACCUGCUUCCCUACUCCUUCCAUACAGGAGUUGGUGACGGCCUGGGAGGCAGGCCCAGCCAUAGGCACCGAGUGCAUGGGCAGCAGGAAGCGGGACCCACUGUGACCAAAAGUCACAGUCCCCUAUCUGCGGCCUGCCCGGUGUGCUCACGCUGAUGUUAUAGGAGGUGGGGGUGGCGUAGGGGAGUUGGCACAGUUCUGCUCUUCCCCAGAUUGUACCAGGAACUCUCUUCCAGGGCACCCACAGAUCUGCACUGCCCUGGUCGCGUUACAAGUUUUUGUUUUAAAAAACAACUGGAAAAAUACAGAGCUACUGAGCCUUUGCCCUGAAUGGGAGGGAGGGAUGUCAUCCCACCAGUGAUGGUUCUUCUUCCCCAGAAUUGCCGAAGUAGCCCGAGGCUCUCCGUUACACCUUCCUACCUUAGUGUUUGUAUUUUAAGUUAUUUAUUUUGGAGCCAUAGCCCCUUGCUUAGGAGGCUCUUAGGGAUGGUGAGAAAGAGAAGGGACACGGGGCACCAUGGUUCAGUGGCUUGUAGCUGCGGAAGAGGCAGGGGCCAUCUAGAGGAGCCCCAGACCCCCCUCAGGAAGAACUAAAGCCCCGUCCAGUCCAGUCCUUCCCGCCCAGGGCCCGGACCGUGCAAUAAGGGUCGUUCCUUGCAAAGUUUUGUUGGAUGUAAAUAUAGUAAAAGCUGCUUCUGUCUUUUUC